AUGCUAAAAUCAUCAGGAAUGACUGUAACUCCGGUACGAAUGGCGAUGACCAGCCCGACGGUGCCCAUGCAGCAGAAAAGCAACUCCCGGAUCAGCAACUUCAGCGUCGCGUCGCUGCUGGCCGACACCCGGCCCAAGACGCCCCUCGGGCACCAUGCCAUCAUCACCUCCUCCGCCUCCAUCACCACCACCACCACCCCGACGCACACGCACUCGCACACGCACACCCCCCACAGCACGCCGCCCCAUCUGCUGCACGGGCCGCACGGUGCCCUCAUCCUGCAUCCGGCGAUGACGGCCUCAACCACCACGACCACGACCACCUCCCUGCCCGGCACCUCCCCUGGCUCCACGAGCGACCUGCUGCCCGCCAACCUGUCCUCGCACACCACCAGCUCCUGCUCGCCUCGCUCCCAGCCCGACGGCGCCUCCCUCCAGAACGCCGGCGAACCGGACCGGGCCGAUACGCCCCACAGUCUGCUGGAGUCGGACGACUACGACUCGAACCAUGACGAGGAGGAGGACUCGAUCGUCGACAUCGAGGACAUGGACCAGCACGACCACGAGCUAAGCGACGGGCGACCGGGCGGUGGUCGAAAAGGCUCACCCGGUUCACCCUCCUCGCUCGGCAUGCCGCACGGAUCCCCGCAAGCCGCACUCGCUGCUGCCGCCGGCCACGUCCCAAUCCGACCGACUCCGUUCAGCGCGCUGGCAGCGGCGGCCGCCGCUUGGGGCGGAGUGCCCUGGCCCGGCACCCGCCAGAUGCCUCCCUUCGGCCCGCCCGGUCUCUUCCCGGGACAGGGCUUCGGCGGUGGCCAACUCGGUGGAGAUAACGAACCGCCGCGCAUCAAGUGCAACCUCCGGAAGCACAAACCGAACCGGAAGCCGCGCACCCCCUUCACCACCCAGCAGCUGCUGUCGCUCGAGAAGAAGUUCCGCGAGAAGCAGUACCUCAGCAUAGCGGAGCGGGCCGAGUUCAGCUCGUCGUUGCGGCUCACCGAGACGCAGGUGAAGAUCUGGUUCCAGAACCGCCGGGCGAAGGCGAAGCGGCUGCAGGAGGCCGAGCUGGAGAAGAUCAAGAUGGCGGCGCUGGGGCGUGCGCCCGGCGCCCAGCUCUACAUGGGCUACUUCCAUCCCAGCCUGAUGGGGGGCGCGAUGCACCUCGGAUAG